AUGCAAAAGAGCUGCGCCGAUCGGGCGGGCUCUAUUGCACCAUCACCUUCCCCCCCUGUCCACCCCGCACUUCUUUACGCUCCCUUGCUUCCCGCGUCUUCCCGGCCGCAGGUCCCCCGAGGUGCAUCUCACCAAGGGGCGAUUAAUGAACGUGCAGAAGGAGCUGCGCCGAUCGUGGGGGCUUCGCUUUCCCAUCGACGCGCCCAACAAUUCGUCCCUCUCCCUUCAACCUUGCUCCCUCGCUCCGCCACUCCCCCCGCAGGUCCCCCGAGGUCCCCCGAGGUGCAUUUCACCAAGGGCCGGUCCCCCGAGGUGCAUUUCACCAAGGGGCGAUUCAUGAACGUGCAGAAGGAGCUGCGCCGAUCGGGCGGGCUCUAUUGCACCGUGUGCGGCGGGCGCGGCGCGGCGCUGGGCUGCCGCGUCCCCGCGUGCCGACACACGUACCACGUGCCGUGCGCGCGUCGCACCCCAGGCUGCCACUUCGACGAAGACGCGUACGUGCUCUCCUGCCCGCAACACCCGCCCGUGGGCGCCAAACCGAAGAAACUUAAACGCAAGCAGCCGUCCCCGCCGGCGCCGCCGCCGCAUGCGGACGAAUCGGACGAGGAGGAGGCGGGGAAUGCAGACGAUGCGCGGCGGGGGAAGGAGAACGCCCGCGCGCCCCCCGUUGCGGGGAAGAACCAGAGGCGCGCGCGGACUGGCGCAGGGGGGAGGGGCGCGGGGGCGGGGGGCAGAAAGUCUGUAGUGGUGCCCGAGGUUCCUGUAACGAAAGAUGUGACUAUAAAGGGCGCUGUCAAGGACGUCACUAUGAAGGAUGUGACUAUGAAGGGCGUAGCGGCCGUGAAAAGCAAAGAAGAGGAUGCGGCACGAGUGGCGAAAUUAUCAGCUCCUGUAAUCAAGGUUCCUGUGACAAAAGCUGUGACUAUGAAGGGUGUGACUUUGAAGGAUGACGUUGCAGUGGGGAAGAAGACAGAAGAGAGUGUGGGCAAGGAGCGCAGAUCGGUUGAGAGAGGUUCGUCUCCUGUAGUAUCUCCCGAGAAGAUUCCUGUGGAGCCUGCACCCAAAAAAGUUACCUCUACCACCACUGGUGCUGGUGUUGCCGCUGCUGAUGGCGGCGACUCUGCUGCUGAUCCUGUUACUACUGCUGCUGCUGGUGCUGCUGCAGCUGCAACUCUCAGGAAUACAUCAGGAGCUAAUGCUACAAAGAAGGACAAGGGCAAGGGAGUAGCGGAGGGGGACGGCGAGCAGGACACAGGAAGAAGCACCAGCCUUGGAGCGCCAAACGCAAUGGCUCCCUGUAGUAGCAGCAAGAGAGGGCAACCCUGUCUUAAUGAUCCAUCCCCCAAGGCUCAGGGUAGCGUCGCUUCUGUUGCUCUUGCUGACGAUGCUCCGACGAAGCUGAAUCCGCAGGCUCGGGUGACUACUAAAGCGGGUAACGAAGCUGUCUUUAAGGUGCCUCAACCAGUGGUUAAAGUGUCUCAGCCUGGUGCCUCAGAGAAAGGGAAGGAGGGUGAGAAGGGAGAGAAUGGAGAGAAGGGAGAGAAGAGAGAGGGGGGGAAGGAGCCAGUGGGUUCUGUGCGGGCCCGCCUGCUCAAAUUCGCUGACGCAAUGAGCGCACAGCUGACGUCAGACUGGAGUCCACGUGUCACCCAUCUAUUGGUUGGCACGGAUUCCGAGGGGAAGGCGCGGAGGACGCUCAAGAUGGUGAUGGCAAUCCUGCACGGGCAGUGGGGCUACCAUCCCCUCCCACCGCAGCCUCCCCCACUACCAUCCCCUCCCACCGCAGCCUCCCCCACCAUUACCCCCCUGCUUGCCGAGGGACCGUUUGAGGUGUUCUGUGUCACGCAUGACGAGACAGCCACCCCUUGCCCCCUCUUCCUCCCACAUGCUCUCCUCGCUCCCUUGCUCUCUCUCCCCUCCCACUUCAGGGUUACCAUUCUCUUCCACACCACUCCCCCCACCUCCCCGCCUGCUGAAGGACCGUUUGUGGUGCUCUGUGGCUCCGCCCGUCUUGCUCCCUCCCAAGGAUGGGCUGCCAUCCUCCCCCACUCUGGCCUGCCUGCUGAGGGGCCGUUCGAGGUGGCGUGUGAGUCGCAUGACCAGAGUCAAGCUCCCCUUGCCUCCUCUUCCCUCCUUGCGGCCCUCUUUUCCCGCACAUCAGGGCUGCCAUCCUCUCCCACUCUCGCGUCUCUGCCUGCCGAGGGGCCGUUCGGUGUGCUCUGGUUACCCUCCUCCCCCACUCUGGCCUCUCCGCCUGCUGAGGGGCCGUUCGAGGUGGCGUGUGACUCGCAUGACGAGUCUGGUGGGGCUACACGCGGCAGGCUGCACUAUGCGGUGAGUGCAGAGAGCGCGGCUGUAGCACGGCUGUUGCACGGCUCCCUGGCCAAUGGUCAUCCCUCGCCUCUUCCCAUCUUCGCCAAAAUCACAGCAGUGAUUCUGAAAGACAGCUUCUUCAUCACUUAUCUCCUCCCCCCUCCCAUGCCUCCCAAUCAGCCCAUGGCGAAGGGCUGCCCUUCACCGCCUCCCCUCUUUGCCAGCAUCACGGCGGUGUUUCUGGAAGGCGGAUUCGUCACCCCUUCCUUUGCUGACGUGGCAAGCAUACUCCAGUGCGGAGGCGGCACCCUCAUCCCAAGCAGCGCCCUCCACUCCCCCACAGCCAAGACCCUUCUUGCUGCCUUCUCCAACCCCUUCAACAACACACUCUCAACUCCCUCUCUCCCUGUCUUCCCUUACCAGUGCGGAGGCGGCACCGCCAUCCCAAGCAGCGCCCUCCACUCCCCCACAGCCAAGACCCUUCUUGCUGCCUUCUCCAACCCCUUCAACACAACAAACAGCACCACCACUGCCGCCGAAAAGACGAGAGGAGAGGAAGGGGAAACGAAAAUACUCUUGGUGGUGUAUGCUGACGUGCCUGCGAACACCCCCGUUGGUUCUGGUAAGAUGCGGCGGGAACUGGCGCUGGUGGAGAAGCGGAGGGAAGCUGCUGGGAAGUUGGGGACGGAGAUGCGGCGGGAACUGGCGCUGGUGGAGAAGCUGAAGGAGGCUGCUGGGCUACUGGGGAAGGAGCUCCUCUUCGCCGUCGUCAUCGCGCUCCAGGCCUCCGCGAUCCUCGCGCAGACCUGCUCGUGCGCCGACUGCGAGACGGUGGCUCCUCCCUGCUACGCCAGCAGGUGGUAUACGUGGUGGAUCAAGGACGACUGCAGCUCGCAGACCCUCUGGAACAGCGUCAAGGCGUCAUCCGACAUCCGCAGCAGCGUGUUCGCCGUCUGGGGCCCGGGCACCCAGGGAGCCACCUCCAGUUUCCAGAGCUAUGUCCUCAUGGCAGCAGGCAACACCCGGAACCCCCAAUGCGUGAAGAAUUAUCUUCUGGAUUGGAUCAAAUGCAAAGCUGCUCCGACGGAUUCGGCGGUGCAGUUUUAUAACUCGGCGCUGGGCGUGGGUGUGAGCGGGAUCAAGGAUGUGAGGAGCAUGAACACGUUUGUGACAGCGGUGAUUAAGAAGAUUGGGCAGAGCGUGUUUAAUACCCUGGCUGGGAUGCUCAGGCAGCGUGGGUUGCAGGCGCAGGUGGUGAUGGCAGGCACGUGGUGCUAG